AUGGGUAUUAUGGUGGGUCAUUAUGGUGGGUAUUAUGAUGGGUAUCAUGAUGGGUAUCAUGUUGAGGAGGCAUCCAAGGAGGCAGCCAAGGAGGCAGCCAAGGAGGCAGCCAAGGAAGCAGCCAAGGAGGCAUCCAAGGAGGCAGCCAAGGAGGCAGCCAAGGAGGCAGCCAAGGAGGCAGCCAAGGAGGCAGCCAAGGAAGCAUCCAAGGAGGCAUCCAAGGAGGCAGCCAAGGAGGCAGCCAAGGAAGCAGCCAAGGAGGCAGCCAAGGAGGCAGCCAAGGAGGCAGCCAAGGAGGCAGCCAAGGAGGCAGCCAAGGAGGCAGCCAAGGAGGCAGCCAAGGAGGCAGCCAAGGAAGCAGCCAAGGAGGCAGCCAAGGAGGCAGCCAAGGAGGCAGCCAAGGAGGCAGCCAAGGAGGCAGCCAAGGAAGCAGCCAAGGAGGCAGCCAAGGAAGCAGCCAAGGAGGCAGCCAAGGAGGCAGCCAAGGAGGCAGCCAAGGAGGCAGCCAAGGAGGCAGCCAAGGAGGCAGCCAAGGGGGCAGCCAAGGAGGCAGCCAAGGACGCAGCCAAGGAGGCAGCCAAGGAGGCAGCCAAGGAGGCAGCCAAGGAGGCAGCCAAGGAGGCAGCCAAGGAGGCAGCCAAGGAGGCAGCCAAGGAGGCAGCUAAGGAGGCAGCCAAGGGGGCAGCCAAGGAGGCAGCCAAGGAAGCAGCCAAGGAGGCAGCCAAGGAGGCAGCCAAGGAGGCAGCCAAGGAAGCAGCCAAGGAGGCAGCCAAGGAGGCAGCCAAGGAGGCAGCCAAGGAGGCAGCCAAGGAGGCAGCCAAGGAGGCAGCCAAGGAAGCAGCCAAGGAAGCAGCCAAGGAGGCAGCCAAGGAGGCAGCCAAGGAGGCAGCCAAGGAGGCAGCCAAGGAGGCAGCCAAGGGGGCAGCCAAGGAGGCAGCCAAGGAAGCAGCCAAGGAGGCAGCCAAGGAAGCAGCCAAGGAGGCAGCCAAGGGGGGCAGCCAAGGAAGCAGCCAAGGAGGCAGCCAAGGAGGCAGCCAAGGAAGCAGCCAAGGAAGCAGCCAAGGAGGCAGCCAAGGAGGCAGCCAAGGAGGCAGCUAA